AUGUCAGAAUACAACUUUCCAUUCACGACCUCCGUGGCGCCAUAUAUGGACUCGCAAUACGUUGCAUCCGGACCAACGUCUACAAUGAACGGCUCUUUUUCUUCUCCGAUGGACGUCGGCCGUGUUAGCUAUCAGGGCUUCCCCCCUUCUCCUUCUUCUUCAACGGGAUCUCACCGUGUGAGCAAAGCGAAAAAGGGCAAGCGUGUACAUGAGUGCGAGUUUCCUGGAUGUAACAAGCUGAGCAUCGCCGGAGGCAUGAGCUGA